AUGUAUUUCACUCGUGCCCUCGUCUCCCUCGGCCUUUUCGCCACCGCCACGCUCGCUUGCACCUCAGGCGAGUGGGGAUGCGGCAACCAAAACGGAGUUCAAGGACCUGAUGGUGCCGUCUAUGUCUGCAACGCAUCCGGCAACUGGGUUCUUUCUGCUCAGUGCGGUGGAAAAGAUUGCUGCCAAAUCAGCGACGAUCACACCAACGCUCACUGCAUCUGCUAG